AUGGGAGUUCCAGGAUUUCAAGGCAUCAACGGGAUCCCAGGUCACCCUGGGCAACCUGGACCUCGAGGUCUGCCUGGCCUCGAUGGCUGCAAUGGUACCACUGGGAGUCCUGGCAUUUCUGGAUCAGAUGGCUUUCCUGGCCUACCUGGGCUGCCUGGUCGUCCUGGCCCAAAAGGCAUUAAAGGAGAACCUGUUUUUGCUCAAGGUGGUCUUAAAGGAAUGAAGGGAGAAAAUGGUCUUCCUGGAUUGGAUGGAAUUCCUGGCCCAAAAGGUUUUCCAGGUCCAGUAGGUUCUGCAGGCCCUAUAGGGUUACCAGGUUUGCAGGGUCCAGUGGGUCCUCCUGGGCCACCAGGUCCAAAAGGUAACAUGGGAUUAGGCUUUCAAGGAGAGAAAGGAGAAAAGGGCGAUGUAGGGCUACCUGGUCCUCCAGGUCCCCCACCAUCCACUGGCAUACUGGAAUUCAUGGGAUUUCCAAAAGGAAAGCAAGGAGAAAAGGGUGAGCCGGGCCCUCAAGGAUUACCUGGAGACAAAGGAUUGCCUGGCAUUCCGGGAUUUGGAGGUGUUGGAGAAAAAGGAGAAAAAGGUGUGCCUGGCUUACCAGGUGGCAGGGGUCUUUUGGGACUGGAUGGAUCUGAUGGGAUUCCAGGGAGAAAGGGUCAUCCAGGUGUUCCAGGCUAUCCAGGACUGGAUGGAGUAGAAGGCAUGAAGGGUGAAUUAGGUGACAUCGGUCCCCCAGGCCCUCCUGUCGUUAUUGACAGGGAAGGUGUAGUCAUUUCAGGUGCACCAGGUGACCCUGGAAACCCGGGAAUACCUGGUCCUCCAGGAGAUGAAGGGAUCAGUGGUUUACCAGGCCUUCCAGGAGCUCCAGGGUUUCCAGGCCUGGAGAUAGAUGGAAUGGGCCCUGGAGGGUCUCCAGGUAUUCCAGGUGUGAAGGGUGAAGUGGGAGAACCAGGAAGAGCAACAAUUGGCUUACCAGGCCCUCCCGGCAGAGGUGGUUUACCGGGUCUGCCAGGAGCACCAGGAUUGCCUGGUCCACCACGCCCUUCAUUCUCCCCAGACAUGAUCCUGAGUGGAAGGAUUGGGGCCCCAGGGGAGCCUGGACAAAGAGGGCUUCCAGGAGCUUUGGGUCCAAAGGGCUACAAAGGAGAGGCAGGUGAUUGUGCUUGUGAUGGAGGAGUUACAAGAGCUGGUCUAAAAGGCAUCUCAGGUCCACCAGGUCCGUCGGGAAGCCCUGGUGUGCCUGGUGCUAAGGGCAUUGGUGGAGACCCAGGCACUGUGGGUGCACCAGGACUGCGAGGCCCUCCGGCUUCAGCUGGUCAGCAAGGUCUUCCAGGCCCUAAGGGAGAAAAAGGGGAUCCAUCCUAUGCAACAGCCAAAGGUGCCCGUGGGGACCGUGGUGCGACAGCACCCCGAGGACCUUCAGGCAUCCCGGGAACUCCUGGUAGGGAUGGACUUCCAGGCUUGCCAGGCCCACCAGGCCCUCCAGGUGAUGGUGGCCUAGGUUUCCCAGGUGAAAAAGGACUGCCGGGACUACCUGGCUCCAAGGGCCAUCGUGGAGAAAUAGGUUCUCCUGGCGUUGGAUAUCCGGGUCCUAGUGGAGUUCGUGGACCGCCAGGUGACCCAGGAGCAGAUGGGUUUCCAGGACAAGCAGGUCUUCCAGGCCCUCCAGGUAUCACCUUGCCCUGCAUAGUUCCUGGAGCAUACGGGCCCCCGGGGACUCCCGGCUUUCCAGGACUGCCAGGUCCCAAAGGCAGCAAAGGCUUUUCUGGCAUUCCAGGCCAACCUGGAUUACUUGGGUCUAAAGGACAGCCAGGGUCUCCAGGAAUAAUGGGCUUGCAAGGGGAACCCGGUUUCCCUGGACCUCGAGGAGACCAAGGGUCACAAGGACUUCCAGGACUGGAUGGAACAGAUGGUUUGCCAGGGAAAAUGGGUGCUUCAGGCUUAGCUGGAAUAAAAGGAGCUCCUGGAGAUGUAUUUGGUGCUGAGAGUGGAGCCCUGGGAGAACGUGGCCGACCUGGACUCCCAGGUGAUAAAGGGCUUACAGGUGAUAUUGGAUUUCCAGGACCAAAAGGGCUAGAUGGAAGACCAGGCCUCCUGGGUAUUAAAGGUGAACAGGGUCAUCCAGGAUAUUCAGGUGUCCCUGGAUUGCGGGGGCCUCCUGGUCCUGGAGGUCCUUUUGGCAUUAAGGGAAAACCGGGACCCUUGGGGUCAGCUGGCCUUCCAGGAGCACCAGGCUGUCAAGGCCUUCCUGGAGUCAAAGGAGUGAUGGGGGAUGUUGGUCCACAAGGCCCUGCUGGUAUGAAAGGCUUCCCAGGUCUUGAUGGUGCUCCAGGAUCUCCUGGGGAAAGAGGAUUCGUGGGGCCACCUGGACCUUUUGGUCAAGACGGACAUCCGGGUUUCUCUGGGCCAAAAGGUGAGAAAGGAUCUUCUGGCCUCCUUGGUUUUCCUGGCAUGCCAGGCCUGCCUGGUGUCCCUGGAGUGAAUGGGUUUAAAGGAGCUCUUGGCACAGCUGGAGGAAAAGGAAGCCCUGGAGUUGUGGGACUUCAAGGUCAAAAAGGUGACAGAGGUGAUAUAGGUCCACCAGGUCUUCCUGUUCUUGGGCCUUCAGAACAAGCACUGCAAAUCAAAGGAGACAAAGGAGAUCCUGGAUUAGCUGGACUUGGAGGAUUCCCUGGACCUAGAGGUGAUAAAGGAAUCCCAGGAAGCCGUGGGCAGCCUGGUCUCCCUGGUCCAGUUGGGUUAGCAAGCAAGGAGAGAGGUCUUCAUGGUGACCCAGGCUUCCCUGGCCCACCUGGACAAUCUGGGCUGCCCGGGCAGAAGGGUGCACAUGGUAUCAUGGGAUUUCCAGGAAUGCCAGGAGAGAGGGGUUCAGAUGGCAUCACAGGAAUACUUGGAUUCCCCGGACCUAUUGGCCUCCCUGGUCCAAAGGGUGACCAGGGAGAGUCUGUUGGGGUUCCUGGCAUUGCUGGAGCAAAAGGAGAGCGAGGGGACCCAGGGUUCCCAGGAGAGAGAGGGAGAGAAGGACUCAAGGGUGAACCAGGCUACCCAGGAAACACUGGGGUGAAUGGACCCAAAGGCAGUCCAGGAGAUCUUGGCCAAGAAGGGCCAGCAGGAAUCCCUGGAAAUGCUGGGCCGAGAGGAGUCCCUGGGCCACCAGGACCUCCAGGACAGCCAGGAUCCGUUGGAUUCCCUGGAGCUCGCGGAGCAGCAGGACCUAAAGGGUUUCAUGGAUUUCCAGGUUUAAAUGGUCUGAAUGGCUUGCAAGGCACAAAAGGGUCUCCUGGAACACCAGGUCUGAGUGAACCUGGGCUGAAAGGACCUGCAGGUCUCCCAGGUACAAAGGGUGAAGAAGGCUCUCCAGGCCUGGGUAGAGGAGCUGUAGGAUUCCCUGGACCAAAAGGCUCAGCAGGAGACAUGGGUCCCCCUGGUCCUAUGGGACUGCCUGGCUUGCCAGGAACACCUGGAGCUUCUCUUCCUUCUGAUAUACGUGGGAGACCUGGAGAUGCUGGCCAUCCAGGAACUGAUGGGAGUCCAGGUUUUCCAGGUCUACCAGGACCACGAGGGCCCCCUGGCCCAGCUUCUGACCAAGGUGACACAGGCAAUCCAGGUUUCCCUGGUGUUCUUGGCUUGCGAGGCAUUAAGGGUGAUGUGGGACUCACUGGUCCAGUUGGACUCCCUGGAGCAUCUGGAUUCAAAGGUGUAAGAGGUGAGCCUGGCCUUAUGGGGAUGCCAGGGAAAGAUGGGCCUCCGGGGGAUCCUGGUUAUGCUGGGCUGAAAGGUGAAAUGGGCCGUCGAGGAAUUGAUGGUGUCCCUGGCUUUGAUGGAGAUCCCGGACUCCAGGGCCCAGCUGGAAAACCAGGUGCAAAAGGUCUGCCAGGAAGAUCUGGUUUGAAAGGACGUGAUGGCUUACCUGGAACACCUGGCAUAGCUGGGGAUCCAGGAGCUCCGGGUGCCCCAGGACCACAGGGAUUUGAAGGUGUUGCUGGGAAGCCGGGCUCACUUGGUUUGCCGGGAAUGCCUGGUCGCAGUGUGGGUGUUGGAUACACUUUAGUGAAGCACAGUCAGUCAGACCAAAUCCCACCGUGUCCCAUAGGAAUGAAUAAGCUCUGGGACGGCUACAGCCUGUUGUACGUGGAGGGGCAGGAAAAGGCACACAACCAGGAUCUCGGUUUUGCUGGCUCGUGUUUGCCUCGCUUCAGCACCAUGCCUUUUAUUUACUGCAACAUCAACGAGGUGUGCUACUAUGCCAGCCGAAAUGACAAGUCCUACUGGCUCUCCACCACUGCUCCCAUCCCCAUGAUGCCGGUGGACAGCGCCCAGAUCCCACAGUACAUCAGUCGUUGCUCUGUAUGCGAAGCACCUUCCCAGGCUGUGGCUGUGCACAGCCAGGACAUCACCAUCCCACAGUGUCCCCUGGGCUGGCGCAGCCUAUGGAUAGGAUACUCCUUCCUUAUGCACACUGCGGCCGGGGCAGAGGGUGGAGGUCAGUCCCUUGUCUCGCCUGGUUCCUGCCUGGAGGAUUUCCGUGCUACUCCCUUCAUCGAGUGCAACGGGGCUCGGGGAACGUGCCAUUACUUUGCCAACAAGUACAGCUUCUGGCUGACCACGGUGGAGCAGUCGCAGCAGUUUGUCAGUGCCCCUCCCUCAGAGACCCUGAAAGCGGGACAGCUCCGGACGCGGGUCAGCCGCUGCCAGGUGUGCAUGAAGAACUUGUAGGGACAGAACUGCAGUUACACUCACAGCCCUUGUUACCCCAGAUUAGCCAUCACGGACUGAAGAAGGGUAAAUUCAUGAACCUGUUUUGGGUGUGUGUGAUGGGUGAAUCGAGACAGACGGAAUUCUACAAAAAUCAAGUGUCGAGUCCAGGAGUUUGACCACGCACAGAGGAGGGAAAGACCAGUGCUUUGAAACCACUUUUUGAAUGAAACAUGGUGCUAUGCUUUUACUUCAGUGUUUUUUUUCCUCUCAUUUGUGGCUACCUCAGAAAGUCUCUGCGAGUUCCUUGUUCAAACUGGAGAGCAGCUGACACCUCACACCACUCGUGUCCAGGGCACAUGCCAGUCAUCAUCCAGAGAGACUUUUCCAAAGCUAUGCUUAAUUGGUGUCUUUGCAAACAGUACUUGGUCUAGUGUAAGGGAGUGAAGACUCAUUCUCUUAUGAAAUACAGAACUAGCUAAAAUUUGUGUGUUGUAGGUGACUUGGAAACACCGUGCAGUAAUGGUUGAUAACUGAUUUUCUUAGACUCAAAAAUUAAUGUUUUGCUUUGCUUAUUAUCCAGAUGAAACACUCCUUCCUCCAGUGACAGGUAAUCAUUUCUAAUUCAGACUGUCAUCUACAGUUGACCCUGAAGAGCUACGAAAAAUGCAGUUUUUGAUGGGAUGAGGAAUCCAAAACUCCUCUAGUAUUUUUCAUAGCUUUGUAUUGAAAUAUAUUCCAGGUAAAAUGUUGACUUCACAGUCCGUGCUUAUCUACCUGCAGUCACCAGAAAUGUUCUAUUACUAUGAACAUGUAUUUCCUUUCUGAGGCAGCCUUGGCACAUUUAUUUUGUAAUUACUCAAGCUGUGUGUGUUUGAGAAGUAGAGCUUUCACUAGAUGGCACGUGAGCUUAUGCAGAUAUGGGAGUAAGUGGGUAUGGGAUGUACAUUUUCUACUCCCACAGUCACAAUAUGUUGUAAACUGCUUCCUCUGGGCUUUUUGCUGUUAGUUUAAAAAAUUGUAUUUCUAGUGUACACACCAUUAACUAGUCAUGCUUUCCUUCAGGGCAUAAUUAAAGAGAAGUGCCACUAAUUGGAUUAUCCUUGUAUAUUUUGAGGGAAAGGACAUUUCAAAGGAGUGCCUAGCAAAUACACUGUCACCUUGGCUUAAAAAUCUAAAAUUAUUCAGACAAUUUUUACUAAUGCAAGACUGAGGUAUUAUUUUAAAGUAUGAUUUCUUUAUGAGGUUCUAGGGCUCUAACUCUGUCCAGCAAAGUACUUAAGAACAUACUUGCAGGUAAUAUUUGAAGCAGAUAAUAUUUUUACCUUUAAUGAUGAUUACAUGCAUAACACAUUAUUAUCUUCCAAGGGGGGGGGGCAGAGAGCUCUGCAUGUUCUGGAGUUGAACCACCCUGGAGAUGAGCAGGGAAGUUGUGAAGGACAAUGUAGUCUUUCAUUUCACUUAUUCCUAAUUGUGAAAGAUCAGCAACUGCUUUGGAUGUGCUUUGCAAAUAUCCUUAAGGCAUUUUCACACCCUUGACUGGCAAUCCUUUCAUGCAGGAUACCCAGUCUACUUCUUAGCUGUCCUGGCACAGACAGAUCAUGUUGGAUUUACACCCUGGGUUCCAUUCCCCAUCAGCCUCAUUUCCAUCACUUUACCCCACCCCAGAAUCCUUCAGGAGCUCUGUGGGGCUCAGGCCUCCCCUGAGGAGUGUUACCCCAUGGCCAGGGGCGGGGUGGGGAAUGAGCCUGUUCUGCUCCACUGAGGAAAGGUUUCUUUACCUGUUGCCUUUUUUUUUUUUUUUUUAAGCAGUAACUGCUCAAGACUGAGCAUUUCAGAGCAAGGGCUGUUUUUUUCAGUGAGGAGGAGAGGGCUGCAAUUGCUGUCACAGGAACAGUAAGUUCAUGUAUUAACUAAGAAGUAAUACUUUGUUUUUAAAAAAAAAACCCAUGCAGCUAAUCCACGGAGAGGGGGAAGGAAGUUCUAUUUUUCCUACAUGUAUUGUUUCCAAACCGUGGUUAAACAUUGAAGGCAAACAAGGUGAGCUGUGACCAGGUUAUGACUAUUUUCUUGGAAGUCACACUGGCCCUGAUCCCGAAGUGCAAGUGAGAGCAGACAGCAUGCAGGAUUUCUCUAUGUUGUCAUUUAUUGCUGAAGAUGAAACUGCCAUUCACGUCCAUUACACUGUCGUGACACAAUGACCACAAUGGGGACUGUCUGAUAGUAAAAAGGAACUGCAUAAUGGAUUAAAAGAUCUUUGCCUUUA